UUCAUACCUUCUAAUCAAAGAAAUCUGCCCUCUGGGCAGUAUCAGAGGACGAGAGAUCGCUCGUUUGGCCCUGGCUUCUUGUUACUGUCAUUCUCUCCAUUCGUUUCCCAUCGUUGUUGCCAGUGCUACGUCUUUCCGUCACUGCCUCUCACUCAUCGGGGGUUGAUCUGGUAUCACCUCCUUCCCUCUUUCCUGCUAUCUUUGUCACUUGCCCCUUUCCCUUUCUCUCUUUCUGUUUAUUCGUCCUGGGUCUCUUUCCUACCCGUCAAUCGAUCGGACUUACCUCACCGCAACCAUGCCCUUCUUCUCCAACUUCCGCCGUCGUUCUAAGGCCAGCUUCAUGUCCAACGAUACUAGGUCCAAUGAAUCGCAGUCUAAUGGUGAUGUGAUCUCGGGUCAAUCCUCUUCGACUCUCGACACAUCCUCUCACAGCUCCGUUACUCCUCCAUCGUCAAUCAAACCCAAUGGUACUUCGUCUUCGCCAAAUCUCCCCGCGCUGAAUGAAGCUCCCACCAACAACAGUAGCAGUACGAGUAGUGGAGGGACCAGCAUGCCAUCCACCGUGCCACCGCAACGGCCGGGUCCAUAUGUGACCCCAUCUCAACGGAAUAGCAUCUUCGGUGGAAGCUCCAUGUCAGGCAACAGUGCUGCCCGGUCGCCAGUGCCCUCCUCUCCCUACGCUCCGAGAAUUAUCUCCGUUGCGGAUGGUUCAUGGGUACAUCAAAAGGUGUUACUCGUUUACGGUCAGAUAGGUGACCCAAGAUUGCACCCGCUGGACGGAUGUGUUACCGUCAACCAUCACCACGAUAGCUAUCCCCCGGUCUCGUGGCCCGUUAACUCCUCGCACUUCAAAGCUCUCAUCCACCUCUCUCCCGGACCGAACCGACUGCGAUUCGACUUUGUGUCCUCGAAAUUAUCGUCCGGAAGCUCCCAUCCUGCGGUUCAUUCGACAUGGCUUUGUAUCAACCACCUGCCUUUGGUCAACACCGCGCCCCUUCAUCUGGUCAUGCUGCUAGGGAAAGAUUCGGAUGGAACAUUUGAUGCGGUGCCGGAGCGGGUACAGCGUGAAGGGAAUGGGCUGGAAACUGCCAUAAGAAAGUACCGUAUGGCUGCGUACCUUUGGCAAGCGUUUACAGGUGAACAGAUGUUCCGCAACAACUUCGGGCGUCGUUGCUUCCGGUUUGAAGAAGAGUGGCAGACUGGCACGUUGAGCCGUCGCGAUACCGCCAUGGGGCAGAUGCGCAACGAGGCCAAGGUUCAUGUCGUCCGGACUGACAAGACGGUGGCGGAGCUCAGGGACCUUGAAAUUGCUCAACAACAUGGUCCGGCCACGAACAAGGACGAGUUGUUCCGUAUUGCGAAGGCAGCUGUGCGGGAUUAUUUCAAUCCCCAGCCUGGGCAAAAACAAUAUGUCGCAGUCAUGCUUCUAGACUCGCACUGGGACAAGCAAUCGCAGGUCAUCACCGGCCAUGCGGCUCUCGGUUCGGGGGGCGACGAUAUCAGAAUGGCUAUCUUCGGAUCGCACGGUCUACAGAGCUAUCCAUCUAGUUUGGAAGAGGUUGUGGAAGCCCUUUCCGAUUGUACGCGCACCGACACCGCGUUCGUUGCAAACGACUGCGGCGAAGCUGGUUCGAACUGGGAAUCCGCGGUUUUGGGGAUUGGUGCUCAUCUCCACGAAGUCGGCCAUCUCUUUGGAUCUCCGCACCAGGAAUCCGGCGUCAUGCUCCGAGACUAUGUGCGUUUAAACCGGACAUUUAUGACGCGGGAGCCAUUUUCCACUCGCACCAAGACGCAGGGACUCAAGUUAUGUUUGCCUCAAGAUGAAUGCAGCUGGCACCGUCUGGACGUUUUGCGUUUCCGUUUCCACCCCUGCUUCCGAUUACCGGGGGAUGCUCCCAUGAUUUCGGACGACAGUGUCCAGGUAUGGCCAGUGGAGAGCGGAAAAAUUCUUUUCACCGCAACGUCGGGCGUGGCGUUCAUUGAACUGUGUGCUGAGGGAGACGACGUCUGUCACAGCUUCAUCGAAUACGUAAACACCGAGUCUAGUAGCAACGGGCUUCCGAAGCAAGUCACUGUCACAGAGAACGAACUCCGACAACGGUUAGCUGGAAGUGACAAAGACAAGAAAAAGAAGAAACUUAAGUUGCACGUCGUUUCUGGGGCUCUUGGCACUUAUACUGUGGAUGAUAUUGGGAGUUUGAGCUCCAAACUGUCUCUGGUGAAAUUGCCCAAGAGUCAGUCGGGGUAUAAGAGCGGAAAGCUCGGGUUCUCGCAAAUGGAAGGCAGCCAACCUGAACAGCUCUUGUUGGAUUGCGCUUUUGUUUCCACUAAGUUGUUAACAUCGGUUAAAGUCUAUCACGGACUAGCCCUGGAUGGGCUGGAGUUCUUCUAUGAAGAUGCCACGAGCCAGCUCUUUGGCAAACGGGGCGGCAAGCCUGGUGGUGACGAAUUCGUGUUUGAUAUUCGACGAGGCGAGAUUCUAUUGGGAUUCUACGUCAGAGCUGGAGCUUGGAUCGACGGUAUUGAAAUCCUCACUAGCCUGGGACGGAAAUCGGGAGUGUAUGGGAAUGCGAACGGAGGCUCAGGACACACGUUGAUACCACCACUAGGUUAUAAGGUAGCUGGCAUCUCCGGCUCCAGUGGAGCUUGGGUGGAUGGAUUUUCGUUGAUUAUUAUGCAUUGAUCCUUCUAUUUCUGAUCUCGGCGGAUCUAGACUGAUGGCCUUUACUUUUUCUAUCAACUGAUCGCCUGAGCGAAGGUGUCGAUGCAAGACAACAUUAGCCUGUAUGGGAAACUCGCAGUGACAAUACCGCUGCCCGGAAGUGCACGGGAAUCAAUGCGGUUUGUCAAAGUCAUUGUCCCAAGUUGACGGUGACGUUUUAUGCAAAAGCUUACUCUUGCUUUUCGAUUGCAUUAAUUGUUUUUUUUUUUUCUUUUCUUUUCUUCUGCCAUAUAGAUGGGGGAUAUCCACGGAUGGUUAUUGUCGGACGGCUGUAUUUAUCUAGCGGCUGCGCGAUGGAUCCGCGCCGCAUGCGCCGCAGUGUUUAUUUGGCGCCGGUGUUUGUUGACUAUGUUACAAAAGCCUAUAUAUCUAUCUUUUGCUAAUGUUUUUUUUUUUUUU